AUGUCUCAGUCGAAAGGCAAGAAGCGAAACCCUGGCCUCAAAAUCCCAAAGGAAGCAUUUGAACAGCCCCAGACCAGUUCCACGCCGCCUCGAGACUUAGACUCCAAAGCUUGCAUUUCUAUUGGAAACCAGAACUUUGAGGUGAAGGCAGAUGACCUGGAGCCGAUCAUGGAGCUGGGCCGAGGCGCGUACGGAGUGGUGGAGAAGAUGAGACACGUGCCCAGCGGGCAGAUCAUGGCGGUGAAGCGGAUCCGGGCCACCGUGAACAGCCAGGAGCAGAAAAGGCUACUGAUGGACCUGGAUGUCUCCAUGAGAACAGUGGACUGUCCCUUCACCGUCACUUUUUACGGCGCGCUCUUCCGGGAGGGUGAUGUUUGGAUCUGCAUGGAGCUCAUGGAUACAUCGCUAGAUAAAUUCUACAAACAAGUGAUUGAUAAAGGCCAAACCAUUCCAGAGGACAUCUUAGGGAAAAUAGCAGUUUCUAUUGUAAAAGCAUUAGAACAUUUACACAGUAAGCUCUCCGUCAUCCAUCGAGACGUCAAGCCUUCCAACGUGCUGAUCAAUGCUCUGGGCCAGGUGAAGAUGUGCGACUUUGGCAUCAGUGGCUACCUUGUAGACUCGGUGGCUAAAACUAUCGAUGCAGGAUGCAAACCGUACAUGGCUCCUGAAAGGAUAAACCCGGAGCUCAACCAGAAGGGCUACAGUGUGAAGUCUGACAUUUGGAGUCUGGGCAUCACCAUGAUUGAGUUGGCUAUCCUCCGGUUUCCCUACGACUCUUGGGGAACUCCUUUCCAGCAGCUCAAACAGGUGGUGGAGGAGCCGUCACCGCAGCUGCCCGCAGACAAGUUCUCCGAAGAGUUUGUGGAUUUUACCUCGCAGUGCUUGAAGAAGAAUUCCAAAGAACGGCCAACAUAUCCAGAGCUUAUGCAACAUCCAUUUUUCACUCUACAUGAAUCCAAAGCAACAGACGUGGCAUCUUUUGUGAAAUCGAUUCUUGGAGACUAA